CUAAUUCUGAGUUCCAAACUCUUACACUGUAGUAGGAGUAUAGUCCUUGUGAUCAUCCAGUGCAGCAGCAGGGAACCAGAUGAAUCGUGGAAAGCAUUCUCAGUGUCGUCUUCCCCUCCGUCGAAAUGAUUUUGCUCAAUUCUACUUUCUCCGUCUGCUCUUGGUGCUUUCGCUGAUCUGCACGGUGGCAGCUAGUGGAUAUUCUCCGGCUGCGGAAGCUGAAAUCAUAUCGAGGUUCCAGGAGUACCUCCGAAUCGACACAGCCCAGCCGAAUCCUCGCUACAGAGAGGCGGCGGAUUUCAUCAUCUCCCAGGCCAACUCCCUGUCCCUCGAAUCUCAGACCAUUGAAUUCGUCAAGGGAAAGCCUGUUGUCCUCCUCAAAUGGCCUGGGAAGGACCCGAACAUCCCCUCUGUCCUUCUCAAUUCCCACACUGACGUUGUCCCUUCCGAGCCUCACAAAUGGUCCUUCCCUCCUCUUGGCGCCCAACUUGAUCUCGCCACCGGAAAUAUCUAUGCCAGGGGCUCCCAGGACAUGAAGUGCGUUGGUCUCCAGUACCUGGAAGCUAUUCGCAGCCUCAAGGCCUCUGGGUUCCGGCCAACCCGUUCCGUGUACCUUUCCUUUGUCCCUGAUGAGGAAAUUGGUGGCCACGACGGUGCCGAGAAAUUUGUAAAUUCCGAUAUCUUUCAGGAGAUGAACGUUGGGGUUGUGCUGGACGAGGGAUUGGCUUCCCCCACGGAUAACUACCGUGUCUUCUAUGGUGAGAGGUCUCCUUGGUGGCUGGUUAUCAAGGCAGUUGGUGCCCCUGGACACGGUGCCAAGCUCUAUGAUAAUACUGCUAUGGAGAAUCUUUUUAAGAGUAUUGAAAGCAUAAGGAGGUUCAGGGCUUCUCAGUUUGACUUGGUCAAGGCUGGCAUGAAGGCUGAAGGAGAGGUUAUUUCUGUCAAUAUGGUGUUCUUGAAAGCUGGCACCCCUUCCCCCACUGGUUUUGUCAUGAACUUACAGCCAUCCGAAGCCGAAGCAGGUUUUGAUGUUCGAGUUCCACCAACUGCUGAUCAAGCCUCAUUGGAGAGACGAAUUUCAGAGGAAUGGGCACCUGCUUCACGCAACAUGACCUUUGAGUUCAAGGUGAAGACAUCCAUACAUGAUAAGUUUGGGAAACCAGCACUCACAGCUACAGACAGUUCUAAUGUUUGGUGGGCCUUAUUAGAGGAAGCUGUCAAGGAUGCAAAUGAGAAACUGGGAAAGCCAGAAAUAUUUCCUGCCUCUACAGAUGCACGCUGCUUUAGAGAUCGUGGCAUUCCAGCCAUUGGAUUUUCUCCCAUGGCAAAUACUCCUAUUCUCCUUCACGACCACAAUGAGUUUUUGAACAAGGAUGAAUAUUUGAAAGGCAUUGGUGUUUACAAGUCAAUAAUCAAAGCUUAUGCUUCUUUUGUUGAGCACAUGCGAGAUGAUAUAUCCAAAGCAGAGUUAUGAGGGAUACAGCUUGCCUCCGUCCUAUGUACAGGAUUUCAUUAAAGUGCGUCCCAAGUGGAAAAGUGGGCAUAUGUAGCAACAAAUGACUGACUGAUUGACUGUUCGGUUACUACUUCCACUUGCACUUUUUCAACACCUUUCCAUUUGAUUCCAAUCACAGAAUAGACAAGUCACUACUUGCCAUCCUUUUGUUGUAAACUAUACAUAAAAAAACUGCGAUAUGUUUGGAUUGACAUCCAUUUUUUUGUGUGUCCAAAAAGCGCAUAGUACCUCUGGGGCCUACAAGAGAAUGAGUGAAAGUGGCAAUGAACUUAACUAUUGGUCCGUUCUUUGGCUAAACUUAUGCUGUGUGUACUUUUUUAUACUUAUCUUAAUGGGACUGGAUGGAUGUUUCAAGCCCCUUGUUCCUCUUGGAUAUCAUAAUCCCAAAUCAGGCUUAAGAAGAAAUGUAAAUGAGUUGCUUUGAAUGACGUGAAAGCUAAGUUAUUAUCAUGAGACUGGCUGUUGAAUAUCCGAUAGCUUCAACGUCUUCGGAUCCUGCUUAUUACUGCAUGAGUCUCAUAUUCAUUCCCAGAAUCCGGUAGUGGAAGGGAAGUAAUCGGAAAUGCUACUUAAAGAGUCACGCCCUGGGAAUUUGUUAUAAUCCGCCCACAUCUGCCCUGCAGCAGCAGGAGAGAUAAAUGACAUGAAAGAAGUCAAGUACCUGGCUGGCCCCUGCAGUAGGGCAUACGUAUUUGCCUUGAUCUUCUGACCAUUAAGGCUUCAUUAAGUUGUCUUUGUGUAAACACGUUUCAUUUGUGUAUUGAAUAAACACUUCGAGUUGGGUAAAAUAACUGAAUUUGACUGAAUAGACAUUGAAAACAAUGCUGUAACAUAAAAGGGGAGAUGCAUAGUUAUGAGGGCCAUGGUGGUGAAAACACUAGAGUUAUGUGCAAAAUGUUGUGUAAAAGUUAGUAAGAAAUAUUCUGGCAGUCGGGAGGAUUAAAAUCUAGAAAUAUCGAACAUAGUUUGUUGGAUGUAAUGAACGGCUCAGAUAAAGAUAUACUACGUAUUUGGUAUAUGAAUAGGAACGGUUCAAAAUUUUGAGAAUAUGAACUCACACAUUUAGAAAGACACUGAGCCGCUUUGGGGAAAGCUAUGGCAU